AUGGACUCAUCUUCUUCUUCUUCUGCUUCGACUUUCUUUAUUCUGCAAACUUCUCCCAUUCGUUCAUAUAUCAUGGCGUCUCAGAGCAAACCGGGCCCACUUACCCCAGCUGAAUACGACGCCCUUAUGGAGCUUCGAGGGGUUCCGUACGAAGCUGUCAUCGAUUACCCAAACAGCGAUGCUCCGGGAAGCGUGAGACCAAGAUACUGCGGAGCCUACAUGUGCUUUUUUCGUGACGGCCUUAUGUCAUUUCCUAUUCCUUCGUUCUUCCUCGAGAUUCUAGCAGAACUACAGCUAUCGUUCACCCAGGUUACUCCAACUUUCUGGCAUUACGUCUUGGCGACGUUCAUUCGAGCCACAGAGGAAGGAUUGGAAUUCGGUUUGGCCGAAUUAAAGCAGCUCUACACUCUCAAGCGUAGUAGCGGCGUCACUGGAGAGUUUCUUCUUUCUCCGCGUUUGGGUCGCUCGGUUAUUACCGACAUUCCUGGGAAAGACUUCUAUUGGACGGACAAGUUUUUUGUCUUCAAGAUCGAUCCAGUAACGGUUGGGGAUUUCGACUUUUCUCGGAUUCCGAUGAAAUGGAACGAGAACGCGGAGUUGUUUGGAACCUCAAAGUCGACUCCAGAGCUGCGUGGUUUGAUCUCGGCGCUCCGUCGAGGUAAAUGCAGUUGGGACAGUUUUACUCUGGAGAGGGUUCGAGCUGCCUAUGCUUUGCCCCCCGGUGUGAAUCAUGUCGUUCUCGUCGCGCUUGCGGAACCGAUUCGUCCUCGAAAAGACCAGAAAGAUAAAGGGGUGAAAAGGAAAGAUCCUCCUGCGGAGCCUUCAGAUGCCAAUUCUGACUCCGCACCUUCGAAACGAGCUCACGAGACUCCGGACAAACGGGUGACUAGAGCGAGCUCUGAGAUUCAGUCUCCGAUUUUCCGGGCUACGCCGCUUUAUGUGGUUCGUCCGGGUCGCGAUGUUCCACCGGACUCUCGAGCAUCGGGCGAAGUGGACGUCGAGGAGGUCGCUCCCAAGGUUCAGCGACGUCGUCUGAUUCCGGACGAGGAGUCUUCUAAAGGUUUUAAUGUAUCGAGCUCGGAACCUCUGAUGCAAGAUCCCGGAGAGGGUACUUCUAAGCCGGUCAACCUUCCUGCGGACUGUCGAAGUGGUUCUCCACUGGCAUUCUCAUAUGACGUGGAUGCUCCGAUUUUGGAUGAUCCUGAGCGACUUGCUGCCAUUUGGCGGAAACUGCGAAGUUCUACGUGCGCGCUUCCUCCCUUGGAGCAAAUGCGGGGUCGUGACGCCUACGUUCAGAUGGCCAUCGCAAAUGCCAAGGCCAUGGAGGCUAGCAACGAGUAUGCUGCCUUGAUGGAGGAACGGUUGGCGAACUUCCCUUCUCAAGAGGAGGUCGCAGGUCAUCUUAAUUUGAUCCAAAAGUUGCGAUCAAAGUUAAGCGCAUCGCAUGCAAGUGAACAGGAGCGAGCGAAGCAAGUUGUUGACUUGAAGGUGCUUUUGACGGCUAAAGCGACGGAGAAGGUUACGCUUGAGGAGGAAAAAAUCAUGCUCGAGAAAGAGAAGGUCGUGUUAGAGAAGGAGAAGGUUGCAAUGGAAGCGGACCUUGAAUCCUUGAAGGCAAAGUUCAGAAGAGACGCUGAGCUGCGAGAAAGAGUGGCUCGGAGGGAAAUGCUAGCUGCUUGUUGGUUGGUAGCCAAGGGUUACGAUGCUGCCCUUGAUAAGGCUAGAGAGACUAUCCGACGGAGGAGGGCAGAGAGCGCUGCGGAGAUGCGCUUACAGGAAGUUCGCGCAAAGAUCGAGGCUUUGGCCGAAUACUUGGAGGGCGGGUUCGAGCUCGAGGAGGAGCUGGAUAUUCUUAAAGAUGUAGAGAUAUCAAGGGAGAUUGAGUAUAGCCUUGCGGCGGUGUCGGAUGAUUCUCUUAGGGGUCUCGACCUCCCUCAAGUUUAUGAAGACUCGGUCAACCUAGGGGGUUGA